AUGAAAAACAUCCUCACCAAUCAAGUUAGAAUUGCCGGUCGUCGAUAUCUGGUAUCCAUCUCGACUCCUCGCGAAUCUAGUUCAAGCUCAUGUACAUUAUGCUCUCAUCUUGCACGAUCUCAAUAUCGGUCUUCCAUUCCAACUCUUUCGGCCCGCCAGCAACAAACAAAGUCAUACACUCAUGACAAUCACUCGAAUGCUUUUUUGGAGUCACUGGAAUCUGAAAUCGAAACAUGGGCUCAGGAAGCGCCGCUUGGAAAAACCAAGGAUUCCGCUCUCAUAAAGGACUUUUCGCAGUCUCAAAAUGACGACGGAUCAUCGUCCAGCGCUCGAUCUGAAGUUGAAGGACGGCACUUGAAGCGAGAAACGGAUAGUCAGAAAAAUUGCGAUGAGGACCUGGAACACGAUCCGGCCAAUAAUUCGGAAGGCAAAUUGGAUGUUAUGGCGGAAGAAAAACGCCGACAAUUCUACUCAAAUCCUAAUCAGAUGCCCGAUUUACCUGAUAUUGCUGCUUUGAAGCCACCAAGAUUGAAACACUAUAUACCUGGAACUCCGCGAAUGUGGUAUAUCGACCAAUUUGAAGCGAUCUCCAGACGACUCAUGAGAGCAUUCACAAGGCCUCAAUUGGAGCAUGUAUGCAAAGUGCUUGGAUUCGAGCAAUCCGAAGAAGUCAGUCUCAAUACCCUUGGCAUGGAACGUUUAAAAUCACUUAGAAUCCAGCAUCCUACCUUGUCUGUCAAAGACUUAAGAUCACUGGUUCUAGCAGAAGCAAACCCAACAUUCGAAUCGAGUGUCAAGAAACGACAUCCAUCCAACGCAUCUUAUACAAAGACUGAUCUGGUCAAUUUCGUGCUGACUAGUCAUUGGGGUUUGACCGAUCCCAAAUCAAUACCUCUCCCCAUCAACUUUCAAACACUCACCCAUAGAUUUCAGACUAACUCUGAAAUAUUCAAAAUCCCCUAUCACGAGCUAUUCCUCCUCCGUCUUGAGCAAACACGCUCUCCUAGACGUAAUCUGCUCAGUUAUCUAGCUCGAAAAUCCAAUGUUGGUGUCGAGUUGGAACAAGAUCCCGCUGGAUUGAUGGUCAGAGGUGACAUGAAAAGUCGAGAUGAUUUUUGGCGAUUGUACAAGAAAUUGCGCCAGCCUAUCCAUCAACAACGUAUACCUAUACCAAAAUCGAUUAGUGAGGUUGUCGUAACUCCUGCUCUCCUGGCGAGCUUGAGCGAAUUGUCAGGAUGUUAUCUAGAAUUCACAUCUGAAGCCGAGGGUAGUCUGCUUGCAUAUUCAUAUCACGAUAAGCCUUUGACAGACACAGUCAACGAUACCUUCUUACAACUCGCCAUACUUCCGUCAUGGUAUAACAUUGGCGUUGCUGAUACAUAUCGUCGCUUGACUUCUCCGAGGUCAAAGGGCCACUUUGAUACCAUGAAUGAACCCGGCAAGUCUCAAAAAACCACACGUCUGACAAUCCCACAGCUUCAGCAUGUCAAAGCAUUACAUAGACCAAUGCCGGAUCUACGAACGUGGUUAACAGAUGUCCAGGCUGGUAUAGAUAAAGGUGCAAUUGAGCUACGCGCCACUCUACAUCCACUCUCGUGCGAUCCAUCAUCUAAUCUAUCGUCGCGGUCUCAGGAACUCGCCAAUCUGAUCACUUCGACCGAUAAAGGGACUAAAAUUGAUACCGAGGAAGAAUUAUCUGUAGAAGUGUUCAGCGCCCCACCAACUGAGGCACGUUCAGAUCCCAAUAGUGAAGACUGGACAAGUAGCUUGCGAGUAUCAAUUUCUCAGGAUGGUACA